AUUGGCCUAAACAUUUUGCGUCAAGUCCACACUUGUCGUUUCCUGUGUGUACAUGUGUAUGUGUGUUUUGCCAGCUGGUGUGGCUGAAACGAGGUGAACGACGCAGGGCAGAUAUCUCCAGAGGAUGCUCUCACUGUUUUGUACCAAGUUGUGACUGCAGUCCUCAAAAUGGAAGAGAUAAAAGAGAGCUUAGCGUUCAAAGGCGUUGCGGAGAGACUGACGCUUGGCAUUACUCGAAUACUCGAAAACAUGCCGGGUGUGGUCGAUGUGCGUUUCGCAGAGAGGGAGCCUGCAGAGAAGAGGAGCCUGCUGUCGUGGGAACAGAAAAACACUUGUAUUUUGCCAGAAGACCUGCGAGAUUUCUAUCUGACAACGGAUGGAUUCACAUUGACCUGGAGCAUGAAACUAGACAAUGAGUGUGUCCCCUUAGGAUGCAUGAUGGUUAACAGUGUGGCCAGGCUGUGCCCACUGCUCCAACCAGUUUCACUUUUCUCCCUUCCUAAUGCACCCUCACUGGCUGACCUGGACUGGGAGGAAAACAGCACAGAAAGUGCAGGGUCAGAGCACGCUCCCACUGCACCUCAUUUUGAUUCCCGGAGCCGCAUCUUCGAGCUGGAUUCCUGUGGUGGGAAUGGCAAGGUGUGCCUGGUCUACAAAAACUGCACCCCAGGUGUAGUAGCCCAGCAGAGUGAAAUUUGGUUCCUCGAUCGCUCUCUGUGCUGGCAUUUUCUGACAGCAACCUUCACCUCUUUCUACAGACUGAUGAUAACCCAUCUGGGUCUGCCUGAGUGGCAGUAUGCCUUCACCCCAUAUGGCCCCAGCCCCCAGGCCAAGCAGUGGGCUUCCCUGUACCAGCCACUGACCUUCAGCAGUGAGCUCAGCCUGGCUGAUCCUGCAGGAGAUUCUUUUCUCAACAAGCUGGAUCCUACCAGGGCCUUCAAAGGCAAAGCCAAGGUACCUGCCCCCAAGAAGAAGCAGUCGGCACAGUGCAGCUUAGGGAGCGCUGCCAAGAGCCAAGGCAACACAGGGAGACCCAGUGGGGCAAAGCGGUGAGAAGGUUCCCGUGCAAGGAAAACAUUGUAACCAUGUGUACAUGACCAACAUGGCUUAUAAGAGCAGCCAGCACCUUCAUUGGGUAGACUUCUUACAAUGCUGAAUGUCUGAAUAGACGCAUGAGCCAAUGGGGUUUCUUGGCUCAAGGCGUAUCAGCUGUUAGGGGCAGCUUGGCAUUAAAAACAGUGUUUCUAACUUUGUUUAUGUUUAGAUGGUAAAAGAAGACACUUGCCUGCCUUACAUUUAGAUAACUCCUGAUUACAUGAGUAUUGUUGUUUACCUUUCACUGCUACAUGUCAGUGAUGGAGAAAUUGGGCUUUCUGAAGCAGCCAAGUGCAUCAGCAACAGAUUCAUUAUUUGCAGCCUCAUUUAACACAGUGUUCACAAGUGACACCCCCUGGUGAAGAUAGUUUAAAGCAGCAAAUUCAUAAAAUAUGAUCAUGUGCUGCUGUAAGUAAUACUGACAUGUAGUAACAAACUGUAACACUGCUGCAACUAAAAAGGAACCCAUUAAUACUCAAUAAGGACACUAUAUCAUUUUAUAACUGUAGUCAUUCUCACUGGACUUGGUUUGCUGUUGGAAAUAUUUCAAUUUUGAAUGUAUAAUACAACAACAUGUACAUAUAAUAUGUAAAAUUAUAAAAGAAGCUUGAGAAUUGGUAAAUUGUAAACACAUCUCUUUAUGUGACUGUAAAAUUGAAGGAAACAGGAAGACUGAAAAUAAUACUGUGUUGGUUUCAGUUGGGCAGUAAAAGUGGGAGCUUCAGUAUCACAUGUUAGAUUGCUUAAGUGCGUAUGUAAAUUACAUAGUUUUUUUUUUUCUGGUCGUUGUAUCUCUGCAGUGCCUCACUUAUGAUGAGCUUUAAUGUAGUGUAAUGUAAACUUCACAAAUAUAAAACUAUGUCCGAGUUUAGGCCUGCUGAUCUUUUCGUAUAAUGGCAUCUGCUCUAAUGAUUCCAUAUCAGUAAAUGUGACGAGGUUAUAUUGCAGCGGAGCUCCCACAAAGUUAAUCAGGACACAUAUACAUAUGUUGCCUUUCGAUUGCUGUGUGCUGGACUGUCAGAAAGAUGAACAUGUAUAUUAUCUUUGGUCGUGCUGCUGCCCUUACAAGCUGUGAGGAACCAACACCUACUGUUAAUGUUUUAUUUUGAAAAGGAUUCAUGUUUAUUUAAGUGCAUGUAUUGGGCCUGUUUGUUUUUCUUUACAUACACUUUAAUCUCCAAGCUCAUGUAAGUGUUCCCCUGUUGAUUGUUGUAAUGGAUGAUACCAAGGUUAUAUCAGCUGCUAUUUCCUCAAUUAUAUAAACAUAAAUAUAAGCCAGUGUUUUUUUUUUUUCUAUGCAUGAAAUGGCUCUAUUUUCAACCUCUUUGAUUUUAAUGUAGUUACUAUAACUAUCAUGGAUAGGGGGCAAGCCAAAGAUGUUGUCAGUGUCACAGUUCAAACUGCCAGAUAGUGUAUGUUAUAUGUAUCACAGUCAAUCUCUAAUAGUUGAAUAAUUAAUGAAUUUACAUACAUACAUAAA